AUGGAAAGCGUGCCCACCAAACAAACCAUCCAGGAGUCGUUUCGUGGAGCGUCGACACGACGAACAUACCUAACGUACCAGAUGCAAUUCCAAGAGUUCUGCGUGUCACACAAGCACGGUCUCGUCCCUGCUGCAGCCACGACAGAGGACUGCACCGACUUCUUUCACCAUCUCUACUCGCUUGGUCGCAAACCCCGUACCGUCAACUUCGCCAAAACUUCCCUGGUGGCCUACUUUAAGGAUCAGCAUGUCGAGCCCAACCUGGCCCAAGCACCUUUGUCCAAGCAAUACGUUGUGGGACUUCAAAAGUACAAUCGACAAAACAACGUCGACGAUGUAGAGAAGGCUCACCCGCUUACUAUCGACGAGCUCUCAACCCUCAUCAACGGAUUUGCCAGACUGAACCCAUUCGUCGGGGCUAUAUUUCGCUGCUUGUUCUCCUGCUGCUACUUGGGCUGCUUCCGCAUUAGCGAAAUGUUGGGCCUCAUAUGGGGUGACGUCUCCUUUGGCAAGUCAGCGCAUGGUCCAUACGUCUCGGUUCGCUUGCGCUGGCACAAGAAGGCAAGUGUUGAGAAGGAAUGCCAAACGUCCAAGGAUGCCUUUGUAUUCCCGCAUGUGACGAUGCUCCCAAGUGGAAACGUUGACUGGUUCAAGGCAAUGGAGCAAACCUUUGUGCGCCGACAGCUCAACGACAUUGUCGAGUCAAGUCCUGGGUUACCUGUCGGGAUAUCCCUGCACAGCAUGCGGCGUGGUGGUUGUUUCUACCGCGUGUUUGAGUCGCCUGAGCGGCGUUUUGACUUCCGGGAGCUGAUGGCCUGGUGUCGCUGGGGGGAUGCAAAGACCUGCUGCGAGUACCUUGUCACAAGAACAUUGAGCAAUGCCAUUGACCCGCGUUUGUUGCUUGAGAAACGGUCGCUGGUUCCAAGUGGUGUUCAUGGUGGUAAUCUUGGUGGGCAUGUUACAGCGGACAACAUCGCAGCUGCGGUGAUGAAGUGUCUGCGAGUGGAGUCAGUCUUGUCGCCACACGUUGGGCUGCCCGUGGCAAAGCGGCAGCAGACAAUGCAAGAAUACGCGUGUGCCCUCAAGGACUAUUCCAAGGAAAUGGUCAAGAGUGACCGUCGAAAGUACUCCGAGUGGCAGACCCUGGCGACUGCUUUCAACAAAUUCGUACUGGGGUUUGCUUCAAGAAGUUAG